AUGGACCCGUUCCCGCUGUUCCACCUCGCCGAACUCGACUUUGAGUGCUCGCCGACGACCCUCGCCAAUUUGCCCGCUUACCAGCUCGCACUUGCGCCGUGGUCCACUUCCUGGGAAGAUGGCCUGGAGGCGACCUUGAAGCGGACAUGGCGCAGGCGAAGGGAGCGAGUACGGGCGCAGAUCAACGCAAAGGCUCCGAUGGGCGUGCAAGUGCCAGAGCCUGAACGCAACGGCGAGCUCUUCCCCAAGUUCGAGCUGAUUGCCCUAGACUUUGACCUCUCGGGCGGUGAGGCGGCUUUGCAGGGCUUGACGAGCGCGCAGCUUGCGGCCGUGCGCUUCCACCCUGCUGCGACACCCGACCUUGUUCUUGCCGCAGAAGACAUCUUCUUCGACCGUCGCGAGCGAGACUUUGCCGCCGGUCUCUCGCUUCAAUCAGUCGCUUUGCCCGCAGCUGCUCCGCCUACAACUGCGCCUGACGUCCCGCCCUCCGCCCCUCUCCCUCCAGCUCCUACUCCCGCAGAUGCUGCUGCGCCUGUUGCAGCCCGGCCAGCCGUCGUACCCGCGCCUCCCGCUCCUUCCCUUCCCAUUCCUCCCGUUGUACCUCAGCAAGUCGCCUCGACUCUCGCACCAGUCCCCUCAACUUCCGCCGCCCCGAUACCUGCACCUGGUUCACCUCUGCCCUUCGGGCUGCCUGCCGCUUCCACUUCCAUCGAAACCGCUGCGCCCGCUCCUCCCGUCACUUUGCAGCCGACUACCGAGACGCUAGCCAAGCCCAAGUCGAGGCUACCCUCUUCGGUUCUGCGGUCGGCGCAAGCUCAGCCCGAGGCGGCUGUUGAGCUUCAGCCGAAGAAGGAGGACGAAGCGAAUGCCCGCGAGAGGGACGGGCAGAAGGAGCGACCGGUCGAAAGGGAGAUGACGCCCGGGACGAAAGAGCGCGAGAAGGAGCGCGCGGAGUACAAGCGGAGCAAGAGCGUGAACGGGACGGCGGAGGAGAGGGGCCGGAGGGGGUCUUUGAGGGAGAGGAGCAGAAGUCGGAGCCGCGACAGAGCGCGGCCGACGAGCAGGGACAGGGCUGGAGAAGGAGCGCGAAAGGGAGAGGGAGAAGGAGCGAGACAGGGAGAGGAGCAGGCGCACGCGGUCGUCUCGCUCGCGCCUCGCUCAAGGGCGGACGCGGAAUCACCGACGUCUCAGCGCAAGAGGCCGCCGAGCCCGGCGAGGAGCGACCUUUCCCUCCGCUCGUCGAUUCGCAGACGCAUCGACAACGACGUCUCGCGUGAGGGACAUGCGUCUGGCCCAACAUUCACGAGUCUUCCGAGUCGGCCUUCCAUCUCGCAACGACUAGGAACCCCGCCGCCUCAGAUGCCUGACCCGGACGCCGACGUCCCGAUGGCUAUUGCCAGCAGCCUAUUCACCGUCUUCCUGCGUCACUUCGCAGGCGUCCUCACGCCGGCCGACCUCGAGACUUUCAUUCACUCGCUGCCCCUCAAGAUGCAUAUCAGGCCGUGCGGCAUCAAGGUGUCGUCGAAGCCUAACGUCGACCGCAACCCGGGCCAGGUCCCGAUGGUCACGAUCGCUUUCGUCGCUUUCAGGACCAAGGCGGAAGCGGAGGAGCUCUCCAGGCGGGCAAACGACGUUUCGUGGAACGGCAGGGUCAUCAUUACGAGCGGUGGUGGUGCAGCAACGGGAAAGCAACAAUGGCGCUGGCGAGACCUCGCACCGGACUUUGUCCGCGAGUGCUUCGAUCGCGAGAUGGCGCGAUUCGCGGCUCGUCAUGCCGGCAUGGAAGGGCGUCCUCCUCCGCCUCCUCCUCCUCCCGGACCGCUCGCUGCAAGACUUGGUGGACCAAGUCCGCAUGCCGGCGCUCCUGGCGCAACGGGCUUGAGCGGCCAGGCGGAGCCGCUCCCGCAGCACCUCGCAGACGCGCUCUCUGGACUGUACGCGGCGAACCUUCCCGAGAGCGCGACACUUGCCGAAUGCCGCGACUUUUUCGAUCAGUGCGAUGACUUGGUCGGCCUCACGCUCACAGCGCCCGAGCCCGCUCGCGGCGGCAUGUAUCGGAGCGUCUGGCUCGCCUUCAGCGACAAGCAAGCGCGCGACAGGGCAAAGCGUGAGCUCUACGGCAGUCGGUAUCCAGGCUCGAGUAUGAAGCUGUGGGUCGAGCACGCCGAGCAUGCGUUCGCGAAGAGCGGGAGCGCACACACCUGGACCUGGAGCGAGAUGAGCAAGGACUUCCGGCGCUUGCAUGCGAGCGAGUACCAGCAAGUGCACGACUCAUCGCAGCCGCCCUCGCCGCAGCUUGCGCCGGCGGAUCGAUUCGACCAGUCUGCGCAACAGCAAGGCCACAUCUUUGGUUCCUCAGUCCAGCCUGCACCUUUCGGCGUCCCUCAAACCGCUUUCACUCCGGUCCCGAUGCCUUCUUAUCCGAGUCCUGCGCCUUCGACGGUUCUUGCUCAGCAGCAGCAGCAGACUGAGGCUUACUCGCCGAUGCAGCCCGGACUGAGACCACUUGUGCCGAGACCGCAAGCCGCAUUCAUCGGCGGCUCGGCGCAACCAACAGUAUGGCGUCAGGCGGGCGCAGAUUUGGGAGCGCAGACUCAGGCGCCACCGUCCCAGCAGGCCGGAUCAACGCCAUCGCAAGACGAGUCAGCGUCGUCGCCCGCGAAACUCGCCAGCAUCAAUCCGGCGCGUCUUGCGAUGCUACAGGCGGCACUGAACGAACGCGGAGAGGUGAACACGAGUCCCAGCAACCCUAGCGAGCGACUCGACGCUGCGGAGGAGAAGAAGCUGGUCGAGGAAACAACGAGGAAUGCCUGA